AUGGAUCUGGUGCCACCCUUGGCAACAGUGCAAGCUUGCAGUGUCCAGCCAUUAGACGAAUAUGAAACACCAAGAGCCCCGCUACUCCGUCAAGUAUCGCUGGAUGAGGAGAGACCGGAUGACUGCCAGGGCCACUGGCGGGGCCAUUACAUACUGGGAGAAGAAGAGGAGAGAGGAGUUAGGCUGUUCAGGGCACUGCUGUUGCAGCACUUGAGACUUGAAGAGCUUAGGCCACCGCCGUGUAUGAUGGUACCGGCAAAACCUGAUCAGAGAGGCUGGUGGUUGUACUGGCGAGACUGGAGGGCCCUAGAACGAGCGGCGAGGAGGUUCAGAGAGACAAAAGCUCGUGCGAUUUUGGCGGCGCGCGCGGAGCACAUACCGCUGUUAAGUCUUGACGAGGUAGCAUUCGAAGACAUCAUGCAAGAGCUAUGCCAGGCUUGUUCGCACGUGGAGAACCGCGCUUUGGUGGUGCUAGCCUUCCUCUGUGAGGUGUGUGCCCGCGCCGUCAGGGUCGGUGGGUGGUGCCGCGCGGCUGACUGGGCGGCCAGGCACGUGGCACAGUGUGCCACACCCUGGGCCAACAGACACGGCGGCUGGAGUGCAGUGGUGGAGCGUGCUGGAAGGGCUCGUAGAGAUGAGACCACUCUCAUCGCUGGUGCUGCGCUGGCUGCUUUACUGGCAUUUCUCAUCUUCUGUCGCACACGUUUUCGCUAUACAAUCCUA